AGCGUACAUAGCGGAAUCGGGAAUUCAUACACUGUUUUGCCUCGUCUGACGGGUGCAAUCACGAGUUCAUGGUUUAUGCGCUGCGAGGGUCCUCCAUUAGAAAACAGUAGUAUUAUAUUUAGCUAACAACAGUUUUAUAUUCAAGUUUAUACGUUUCAUUUGAAAAUGUUCAUGUAUCUCACGAUUUUAAUAUCCGCGUGUAGGCUGCAUAGCGCCUCGUUGUACCGUACCGAAGACAAAACUAAAAACUUGCAUACAUGAAUAACUUUUUAUUAUUUUAUACACAUACAUUGCCAUUUUCAAAUUUAUGGCAGAUGCAUGGCCAAUAAACGAUUAUAAAUACUUGUGAAUAUCCCUUCUGCAGGUCGCAUAAUGAUCACCACUUUGAAAAUGGAAAAAAGGAAGGCGCAGCAGAGAAUGCUGUUAGUUCGCCUUCCUUCUCUUCCGUUCAACGUCAAGCGCCUAUUAAAACGGAAACGAUCAUCUCAAACGCAAACCGUGGCCUUGGCGGUAGAAGAACUCGAUAUUACAUCAUGCCUAAACAUCUCUAGAACUUCAUUGCAUGACAUUAUCAAAUCCCACGACUGCACAGAUACUGUGCUUCCGAGAUCCUUUUCGCAAUGUUUUGUUGGUCAGGUGCCUCUCACCGAUGGCUCUACCUGCACAAUAUAUACCGCGACUGAGGCCACCACUGGCAGACAAGUAGCGCUUAAGAAGGGUGACGUGUUCUUUGACAAAUUCCAGAUGGAGAAUGAAUACCAAAUUCUCACGCGACUGCCAAAGCAUUCCAAUAUUAUAGAGGCCUAUGGUUUGGUUGUAGAUGCUGAGCAUAAUGAGAUCUGCGUGGUAUUGGAAAUGUGCACGAGGGGCAGUCUGAUAGACAUGAUACUCGCAAAUCCAUCUGGUGUAGAGAAUGCAACAUUUCUACCUAUUGCAUUGGACCUGGCGUCAGCUUGCAAAGAAAUGCACGCAUACGGUAUAGUGCACAGAGACAUUAAACCCGAUAAUGUCGGCGUGACUGAGAAUAAUGGAACUAAGUUAUUAGAUUUUGGUGAGGCAGUCGACCUCUAUAAUGACGUCCAUGUGCGUCUCCAAGCAGGUAGCAGUAGGUACAUGGCACCAGAACUGAUCGCCGCGUCUUCGCACCGCAAUGAAGAUAUACCGAUACACGAUUGUCCAUUAGACCUAACUAAAUGUGACGUAUGGGCACUCGGCGUCACUUUCUACUGCCUGCUUACCGGAUCAUUUCCAUUGCAUCUGGCCAGUAGCCGAGAUCCGAAAUAUGAAGAGUGGGCGUCAACAGGUUCAUUUGGGCCCCAAUCGAAGUGGAAUACACUAACUGAGAGUGAGAAAAUUUUGCUGAUAAAUAUGCUCAAUCCCAGUCCUUUCAAUAGAUGGACGAUGGCGGAGACACACUACUAUCUUCUCCACAAGAGGCAGCCUAUGCUAAUAUAUCUGUUAAAAUAGCACUGCUAUACAUAGCCUUUAAUAUUUGACUUGAAGGUUAUGUCAAUUUUAGAAAAAAACAAAAUAUUAGAAAAAAUAAGGUACAAUACGUUUAAUGUAAACGUAUCAAUCAAACGUAAAAAAGAGAAAUUGCUUGCUCUGGACAGGGAUUAAACAGUAAACACUAAACAGUAACCCAGUUGAAAUCCC